GCGAAGAGCCGAAAUGCCGAGCGUGACCUCACGCACACGGACAGCGGUUCUCGCUUGUGUGCGUGCCCCUACCAUCUCGGUGCUCUUACGCAGUAAAUUUGCUGAAUCGGCCAUUUUGAAAAGUAGUCGUAAAUAUAAAAGCAAUAAAAAGCAUAGGCUACUAGUAGAGUGCGACUAGUAGAAUAGCCGAGACGUCAAAAAACGUGACAAUCCCGACACUUUUGUGAAGUUGGAAGAAAGAUUGCAGCGAUACUAUUUUACAUUGCAAUCAUGUUUAAAUUACGCACUCUUAACGUCAUAGCUAAUAAAAUUGGGUUUGACAAUUGUGGUCAUAUGGAUUUCGUGGGAGAAAGGAAACAAAUAUACCUACAUAUCAAUAAAAGAAAGGAAGACUUGACGCGACAUUCGUAAACCUUUCAAAAGAAAAAAAACAAGUUGACAAAAAGUCAUCGCUACUGUCCACACGCAUUAGUUUUGACAAGUGUUAUUUGAAUAUUAACGUGUUGAGCUGAUCUUGACUAAUGGAUUUCAAUCUAGCAGGGGAUGUUAUUAUUUCUUAUAUAAUUACUGCUGGAUUAGUAGCAUUAUUACUAAAUUAUGCAGAAGUCUAUUUGCCAAAAUGGAUUAUUCAUUUUUUUUGUUAUGGAAAAAUCGCAGAGACUCGUCGCCACGCUUUAAUAGAAAAGAUUGAAAAAAUUCCCAAAAAAUUAUUUGUACACUUGUAUCUUGUUGCUGGACCAAUGACACUUGUUUUAUUUUACGUAGCGUUAAAGAAAUAUCUCUAUAAUAAAGAUGUCUCCGACAAUAUACUUUUUUUUUUGGAUGUCUCAUUAGGAACAUCAAGAAAACCUUUAGUAUCAGAGGAAAGUACACUUCUGGCUAUUGUAAUGUUAUCCACCCAUGUGUGGAAAAGAGCGUUUGAACAGAUGUAUGUUUGCGUGUUUAGUGAUCAAAAGAUAAAUGUAAUUUUUUAUGUUCUUGGACAUAUGUAUUAUUGGACAGUGACAGCAUCUUUAGUAGGAGAGUCUAAAGGAUUCGUUAGAGGAUCACAUGCUGAUUUUUCCUUGCACAAAAUAACAAUCACGCAAUUGUUGUGCGUACUUAUAUUUUUGUGGUCUACAUAUACGCAACUUAAAAGUAACUAUAUUCUUGCGGGACUGCGAAAGAAUCAGCACGGUGACGUGGUGACCAAGGAACACAAGAUACCUACCGGCGGACUGUUUAAUUACGUAUCAAAUCCGUUGCAAUUGACAGAAAUAUUGGUAUAUCUGGCCCUUUCCGCAGUUCUUUGGCAAGCUUCUACAUUUCAUUAUGUUACCGUGUUUGUUAUAAUAAAUCAGGUCGAAUAUGCAUACUUGUCUCACCAAUGGUAUCGAAAUACUUUUAAGAGUUAUCCAAAGGAAAGAAAAAUCAUAAUACCCUAUAUUUGGUAGCUUUGUAUAGAAAAACAACACGUGAAAAUAACGUGACUGUAAUUUAUAUUAUAUAUACA